AUGUUAGGUUGAAGCAGGAUUCGCAUGGUCUACCCCACCCUCACUCUGCCAUCAGACAGGAAAGAAGGGGUUUGUCUUGGGGAGCAUCGCCUCUCUCUGUCACCCCAGCCGAAACACGAGCGUCAGGAGGCGUGUGGAGCGUCGCGUGGCUGAUGCGCGCAGCUUGGAGACGUCCAGCGCGUCUAUGAGGAAAGGAUGGAGACAUGGCGAGCGCAGUUCUCCGUAUCUUGAUGCCAGCGAAUUAAACACUUAUGUCUCAUUCUCAAGAGCUUUAAAGACAGCAGGAUCCUUUCGUUGAAAGAAGCGUGCUCUUCUGUAGCUGGCGAAAAUGGAUCCGUCCCCCACGAGGCAGCAGUACGGCUCCAAAAAGAGGGUUAAAAUCCACCCCAACACUGUCACGGUGAAGUACGACACGCAUUUCCCCCAGCCGGGCGAUGAGGGAUACGAUGACGCCCCGUCUUUUGAGGACUUCGGCUCAUUCAUGGACAACAACCCGAGCAAGAGACUGGUGUCAGAGAGCGGUCACGGCAGGACUUUAUUCGGCACUAUGGAUUCUCAUCCCAAAGCCGAUCAGAGAGAUAAAGGAGUGGGCGGUCAGCUGGCGAGCUUCGGCGAGGCCUCGGUCCUGGCUUCGCGAGUCACCUGGGGGGCCCUUUUUGGGGCGGCCAUUGCGCACGGUUGCGUGGCCCUCAUUACACGCCUAGCAGCCGACCGCUCCAAAGUGCCAUCAUUAGAGCUCAUCUUCAUCCGAUCGGUGAUCCAAGUGUUGUCCAUACUGGUGGUCCUCUACUACAAAGAGGCUCCCUUUGGGCCAAAGGGCUAUCGACUGCGUUUGUUCUUCUACGGGGUUUGCAACGUCAUCUCCAUCACGUGUGCGUACACGUCUUUUGCAAUCGUUCCGCCCAGCAACGGCACCAUCAUGUGGCGGGCCACCACCACAGUUUUCAGCGCCGUUCUGGCUUUCCUGCUCCUAGAUGAACGCCUCGGUUACACAGACGUAGUGACAGUCGUAGGUAGCCUCUUCGGCCUGUGUCUCGUCAUGAUCCCCAACAUCGCAGACGAGGAAAAGUCUCCUCUGGGAUUCUGGAAAGAAGCCUUUGGCUACACGAUGACUGUGAUGGCGGGUCUGACCGCCGCUCUGUCCAUGAUCGUGUACCGGGCCAUCAAAGAGCGUGUGA